AUGUCCGCACUACCAUGCAUUCGCUCUGCACGUGGCUCCCCACUCCUCCGUCUCGGAGGUCUACAAUCGCACCACAUCAACCGACCCUCCAUACAACGACUGCAUCCCAUCUCUCGCCCUUUGCAUAGCCUUUCCAGCUCUAGCAAAGUACGAACCAGUCCAAAUUCAUGCCAAUUGCCAUUGACUCCGCGGUCAGCGUCCGUCAAACUCGCAGCGAGAACUUACGCCGACCGAAAAGGAUCUACCGGCAAAGCCGAAGCUGAUCUCCUGGUCGAGGAACUACAGGAGUUGUACGAAGUGGCCAAAGACGAGUUCGAAAUUGCCACUGAGAGUACCGACUCAGCUACCAUCUACGCUGCUUCGGACCGCGAGUCUGCACGCGAUGCUCUCAACCAGCUGUCCACUGUGUAUGGUCUCUACACUGCUCGUCCCGGGGAAGUUGAGAAUGAGACGGAUGGGUCGUCGUCUGAGGUAGACGAGUCUGGGGAGAGUGCUAUUGUCGAAACUCAAUAUAAUCCCGCGGAGGUCCCGCAGGGUGUUAAGGAUGAGGUGCGUCGGCGGGUCAGGCAUCGGAUUCGGGAGUUGAAGAAUGCUGUUGAGGCGCUCGAGGAGAGGGCGAUGGAAGAUUGA